GCAGCAGGCGCCGGUUCAUAAGUCACAAAAACACACAGAAGAAGUGGCUGAAGAAGUCUUUCGUGUCAUCCCUUGUUUUUAUGUAUUCGGCUCUCGGCUGGUUUGUGUUGUUGUGUAAAGGAUGUUUAGAGCUUUUCAGAUGAAGAAUUCAGUAAAUCUGCUCCGGAUUCACAGGUUGUUGCUGCUUACCCUGAGAGACUCUGCACAUGAACGGACAGUCACUUCAUUGCAACUUUAUGACAUUCGCAGAGACACGUGCUUUAAAACCUCACCCACGUCUAUUCAAAACAUCUCUACACUUUCCAGGAGACUCUCGGCUGUUACGCAUACUUUCAAGGUUGUACAUCCAUCGAAAACAAUUCUGAUACGUGUUCCCACUCAUUUUCUGUUAGGUGAUAUUAUUUUUACGUCUCUUAGCAGAGCAAACAAAGCAAAGACUUUUCUGCUUUUGUGUACAUCCUUGUUAGCACCUCUUUCUGUUCUAGACUGGAGCAAAUGUACGUUGACUUUAAGCGUCGUUACAAAACAUAAAAAACAAAGCAAAGGCGGGGUCCUGAGCGUAUCUAACACAGACGCGGUGCUGUCAGUGGGACAUUUUGAAAGAGAAGCCCGAUCGGCGACUGCAGUCGAAAGCCGCGGGCUACACACAGAUGCACACCGGUGGAAUGCGUCGGACAUGUGUUUGUCUGCAGGAAACGAGGCGCAAUGCAAGCGCUCCCUGCAACCCAACGCUGCUCUAUACGAGCGUGGAGAUAAGAGCUGGGCGGCAGUACUGGUGUGUUUGUGUGUUGUGAGCGGGCAGCCCGCCUUGCUCUUCACUCUCAGAUCUGCAAAGCUGAAGGGUAGACACAAGGGAGAUGUCAGUUUUGCAGGGGGCAAGAAAGAUUCCUUGGACAGAACUGUUGUAGAUACGGCACUUCGAGAAGCUCGUGAGGAGCUGGGAAUCCACAUUACAGAAGAUCAAGUGUGGGGCGUCCUUAAACCACUGCGUGACACGUCUGGAAUGAUGAUUGCGCCUGUAAUAGCCAAUCUUGGAGCACUGGAAGCACAGUCAUUUAAACCGAAUCCAAGUGAGGUGGAGGAGAUUUUUACCCUGACACUUGAGGAUUUAUGUCAACCACAAAACAGAGGCUACACUCAUUUCCGCACCGGCGACCGUUACGGCUACACGCUCCCCGUGUUUCACAGUCCCAAGUAUCGAGUGUGGGGUCUUACGGCAGUGGCUGUGGAUCACACGCUUAAACUCAUCGUGCCUCCAAGGCAAGAGUUGGACCACAGUGUGGUCCGGUAGCACUUUCUAAAAUACCACCUAGACACUUUUUUCGUUCAAAUCAGUUUUUGAUAUGCUGAGUUUUAACUUGAAUGAAUUGCAACUUUUACCUCUACUGCUAUCAUAAUAAAACCUGAUCAAAUGUUUUUGUGAUUGGCAUUGUGGUUUCUGAAGAUCUGACUUGCCCACCACUGGACACGUGUGUGUUUGUGUUAUGUAGAUUAAAGGAGUGAUCCAGAUUUAGUACAACAUGUACUCCAUGGACAGAAUCUAUGGCAUUUCGAUUUAACGAAAAAAAACCAUCAGAAAUACCCUACAAUGGAAGCCUAUUGGGUCAUUUGGGAUUAUGUCAUCACAUAGACAUUGUAAACACAUAAUCGACAAUAGAUUUUGAGUUGCUCUGUUUUUAUAAACUGAUAGAGAUUGAAAUGAUUUUCAGUGUGCUUUAAACAUCGGGAAAUGUUUUCACAUUCUGUAUUUCCUAGAGGAAUUUGAAUAUUUUUGCACAAAUGAAUUUGAAUACACUGGUUUUAAUUAACUUAAUUAAUCAAACAUUAAAACGGCUCUGUUAUUGUGUGUUCUCUUCAUGUUUGUUUAUAGAAAUUUUAGCUGGUCUUUGUGAUCUGCUUGAAUCGGCUCGGAAUAUCGAAGGUUACGUCUAAUGACGAUUGAAUGAUGACAGGUACUGUUGUGAAUAGAGCGGUGAUGUUUAUACAUGAGCAGAAUGACUUUUGUGCAUGAAUGUAGCAAUAACAGGCUAGGUCUCAGAGUCAUUUUUCUUCAAACAAAAGGAAAAUGGUUCAAUCCUUUGAACCUGUCACUGUUUUCAUAUACAGUUUGUUGUGUUUGAGUGACAGAGUGAUGUAUUUGACAAAUAAAGCA